AAAGCGGCAGCCAAACAACUACAAUGCUACGCUCUGCUCCGAUCAGGAGGAAUCCCUGGUGUCAUGUACGUUCGUGGAAGUGAUCAAUCCCAUGUGCAGAAAUGGGUGGACACCGUUCAUGGUCUGAGGUACAAGGACUAUCAACUCGUCGCUCCUGUGGCCACUGUCGCGGGUGCCGAAUUGCUAUCUGGUCUCACUCAGGCGGGGACUCUCCAGGAAGUCGAGACUGUGAAGGAAAUGGCGGCCCAUAUGGAGCGACAGGGUCUACAGAGAUGGUGGCGUGCUGCGAUGGGUUUUGUGAAUGAAUGA